UACUUACGAUUCGAUUGGUUGGGUCUGAACAAUAUAAUCGAUUGUGCUUUUGCGUGUAUUCGUAAAACUGACACUUCUUUAAUCCGUAUAUUAAUCUGUAUUAUUAUUAAUGUUUUAGCAAUCCGUGGAUUGUCUAUUUAAAUUUAUUAUCCUCAAGGUGGGCUGUCUACUUUCUAGCAGAUAUAAAACGACUACCCACGCUAGCUAGCUUGUUAGCUAAAAUAUUCGCCCAUUAACCCAUUUAAUCGCAACGGUCACUGCGUGCUUCACACAGUCCAGAUUUAAAUUGAUAUGAUGUGUCAAUUAGAAGCAGGCCAUUUUUGUCAUUCUCAUAAUUCCGUGAAUUUAAGGGGAACAAACAAACAAAAAAAAUGAGUCUGGCUUUCUGUCGGGCUCCCCGAAAGAACGCGGGGAACCGUAUGUCCAAACUGCUGGAUGCAGAAGAAGAAGACGAAUUCUACAAGACCACCUACGGAGGUUUCAACGAGGAAUCAGGAGAUGAUGAAUAUAAGGGAGAGCUGUCAGACACAGAGGACGAGGUGGACAGUGACUUUGACAUUGAUGAGGGAGAAGAACCUGACAGUGAACAGGAGGAGGAUGGGCCUCGAAGGAAAACCAGAGUUGUUACCAAGGCAUACAAGGAGCCUAUUAAAGUUGUGAAACCCAGACCCAAGCCAAAGAAGCUGAAUGAAUUGCCCAGGAGGACAGAAAAGACCAAGACUGACAGACACAAACCUCCCGAGCUCCAGGAAGACAUCAGCAAGAACACCAACCGACAACGAAAGCAUGAGCGAGUCAGAUGUGCGGCACGGCGUGGCGUCUCUGUCUCAGACAGGAAGUCCGUGAGGCAGUCCACUACUGAGCACACACGACUAACCUACCUGAGACUACAGGAGCGGCAGGUCGCUCCACGUCGCAGGAAGGGCACGCGCCACGAACGACCUUUGACCCAGGCAGAACUCUUAGCUGAGGCUAAGGUGACAGCAGAGAUUAAUCUUCGCUCACUGGAGAACUAUGAGCGUCUGGAGGCAGAUAAGAAGAAGCAGGUCCAUAAGAAGCGUCAGUGUGUGGGCCCGAUCAUCCGAUACCACUCUGUACAGACGCCUCUGCUGUGCGAACCCUCUCUCAAAGAGGAGAAUGUGGAUGUAGAAGGGUUGGACCAGGAUGCACAUCUGUCUCAUGCAUGCCCUCACACUGCUGCAGCUGCAACUCAACCCUGGUCAGAAACAACCGUUACUGGCCCACCCAUCUCCACUUCUGCCUCGUCUGCUCCUCCAGCACCACAAGGAGGCACCAGGUGCUCCCGCACCUACAUCACCUUCAGUGAUGAGGACACCUUCCAAACGUUCUUCCCCAACAUCCCUGCCCCACGCAUCCCUGUCAAGGAAGUGUGCCCGGUGACCCACAAGCCGGCUGUGUACCGCGACCCUGUCACGGACAUCCCAUACGCCAGUGUCAGAGCCUUCAAGAUAAUCCGUGAGGCCUACAGGAAGUACGUGAGUGCCCACGGCCUGCCGUGCACCAGUACCACCCUUGCCACAGAGCCUGGUGCCAAGAGCCUACGCCAGAAGCUUGUCAUCAAACAAGUAUAGAGAGAUGGAGGGAAGAAACAUCAAACAGGUGUAGAGAGAUGGAAGAAAGAGGGAGGGGAGGGGCACAGUAAAGAAAAGAACAUUUAAAAAAAAAAGUGAAUUUAAUAUGAAUCAGUCUUGAGCUGUAAGAUAUCUUUCCAAACACUAUAGCGAUGGGCACAAGUGUUGAAUUAGACUUUAUGCUUUUGCCUGGUGUACAGGCAAGGCUACAUACAGCUGGAGGCUUGUAUGACUCUCUGUCCCAUGCAUCAAAGUUUCAAUAGUUAGUAAGUGUUUGGGACCAUGCAAGCACUGAUGAUCUAAUUGUUCAAUGUUUCUCGUCUAAUACUUGUUUUGGUAUUAUUGUAAAUAUAAACUUGUAUGUUAAUGUAUGUAACGGUUUUAUUAAUGGCUGUUAUAUUGUUGCACUUUAUAACUGUAGGUUAGAUUAUUUAUUUUCAAAUACUGGACUGCUUAUUUUGGCAUGCUUACUAUUGCUGACUGAAACUUGAAUGUGU